GCACGGCUAAUCUGUCACUAGCUCGCGGGGCCCCUAGUGCUGCCAGCCCAGGGCUCUGCCCCGGAGCCAGGGCAGGGCCGGCUCCCCGCGGCCUUGGUGGGGACGGGGCAGCACCGAUCGGGCCCGAUCCAGCCGCGGGGAGGAGUCGGGAGCCGGAUCGGGCCCGGGGCUGAGUCAGCGACGGCCCAGCCCUUCGCCUCCGCCUCCCGCCCCUGCCUCGCCGCCCGGAGCCACCAUGAGCUGCGCCGCGCUGCUGGGGCUGAGGGGCGCCGCUGCCCCACGGCUCCUGCGGGCCACAAGCAGCAGCUGCCGCCGCUGGAGCAACCUGGGCGGCGGCUCCUGCGAGCCCCAGGCGGGCGCGGCCGUGCGGGUGGGCUGCGCCGCGGGCUUCUGGGGAGACACGGCGGCCUCAGUUCCUCAGCUUCUCUAUGGAGGAAAACUGGAUUUUCUGGUUUUUGAUUAUCUUUCUGAAAUUACGAUGUCUCUGUUGACCGCUGCAAAAGCCAAAUCGCCAGAUUUGGGUUACACUCCUGAUUUUGUGUUGACUGCAAUGGGUCCCUAUAUUAAGGACAUUCACAGGAAAGGUGUUCGUGUCAUUAGUAAUGCUGGUGGAAUGAAUCCACUUGCGUGUGCUGCUGGUCUUCAAGAGGUGGCAAAGAAAGCUGAUGUUGAUUUGAAAAUAGCUGUUGUUGCUGGAGAUGAUCUGAUGGGCGAGAAAGACAACCUAAAAGGAGCUGGUAUCACAGAUAUGGAGAGUGGGAAGCCAUUUCCAGAGAAUAUUCACAGCAUGAAUGCAUAUCUUGGUAAACGGUUUCUGCAGACUUGUAUGAAGACUAUACCACUGCACAUUUUACUGUCUAGGAAAAUCUUCAAGUAUUCAAGGAAAGAUAGAGCAAGACCAAUAAGCAGGGCUCUUGACCUUGGAGCUGAUAUUGUUGUGACUGGUAGAUGUGUUGACAGUGGCAUUGUAUUAGGACCACUCAUUCAUUCUUUUGGCUGGAACAGCGAUGAGUUUGACUUAUUAGCAGCUGGAAGUCUUGCAGGCCAUCUCAUUGAAUGUGGUGCUCAGUGUACAGGUGGAAUAUUCACAGACUGGCAUACGAUUCCAGACUGGCAUAACAUGGGGUUUCCCAUUGUAGAAUGUUCUUCUGAUGGACACUUUACUCUAUCCAAACCACCUGACACAGGGGGCCUAAUCUCUUUUGGCACGGUGGCUGAACAGUUGGUGUAUGAAAUUGGCAACCCUCAGCAUUAUCUCUUGCCAGAUGUCACAUGUGACUUUUCUCAAGUUUCCAUUACUGAAAUUCCAGGUAUUGAAGGUGGGGCAGUGAAAAUUCAUGGAGCAAAAGGAUCACCGCCUUCAACGUUUUAUAAGGUAAAUGCCACUUACCUGGAUGGUUUUAGAGCUACAGCUGUCUGCCCAGUGGUAGGGCCAAAGGCAGUGGAAAAGGGAAGACAAACUGCAGAAAGCAUUCUGAAAAGGACUCGCCUUAUUUUCAGUCAGCUUGGAUAUGAAGAUUACUGUGCAGUUAACAUACAGAUUUUAGGUUCUGAAGAUACAUAUGGACCCCAUGCUAAAAAGAAAGUAGAUGAUGGUCCACGGGAAGCUGUUAUCUGGCUUGCUGUACACCAUAAGCAGAAAAAGGCUGUGGAAAUCUUCUCCAGAGAGAUUGCACCAGCUGGAACUGGAAUGGCACCUGGUCUUACAGCAGUUGUUGGAGGACGUCCGAGAGUGUCUCCAGUUCUGAAACCAUUUUUCUUCCUUUAUCCCAAAAGAAAUGUCAAGAUCAACAUCUUUUUGAAUGGACAGCAUGUUGAAACAUUUCAGGAAGAUCUUACAUUUACGUCAGAUGCAGUUGUCUCACUUGAUUCACCAAAGACUGAUGAUGAGUUAAAAGAUCUGCCAUGUGGUCCACAUACAUAUCGUUUAGAAGAUCUUGCUUAUACUAGAAGUGGAGACAAAGGCAACUCUGCAAAUAUAGGUGUGAUAGCACGACAUCCCCUCUACUAUCCAUACCUAAAGAAAACUUUAACUGCUCAGGCUCUGGAGGAUUAUUUCCAGCAUCUUUUAGAGAGAGAACAACCUGAAGAGAAGUUAGUCACAAGAUAUGAAUUGCCAGGAAUACACGGAUUAAACUUCGUUCUGAAAAAUUCCCUUGGUGGUGGUGGUAUUGCAUCCUUAAGAAGUGACCCACAGGGCAAGGCAUUUGGACAGAUGUUACUGGAUUUCCAGAUAAAAAAUGUUCCAGAUUUAAAGUCCUUAAUAGAAUAAUGAUUAUUGGGUUUGUCUGUUUUUAAAACUCUGAGUACAAACAAACAAACAUGCUAAACAAAAACUAGCUUCUUGAGUCAAAUUCAAGAAACUUCAAACUAAAGUGGUGGUGACAGUUCUCUUUCUCAGGAUUAACUGUAAGGCACAGAAAAGUGAAUAUUUUGAGUAUUACCAGACAAGUAGAUUUGUCUGUGACUAAUGGUAUUUCCUAUCUAGUUAAUAUAUUGGAUAAAGAGUUAAUUUAUUUCCUGUAAAAUAUAAUAAAGAAAUAAAAUAAAAAAUAACAAUUUUACAGUGAGAUAACCAGACAACCACACACACUUGCAAAAUGAAAACUACCUUUCAAUCCAGUCCUCCUCUCCGUCCUUUUUUAGAACUCUUAAUAAUUAAGAGGAAUAAUAUUGUUUAACUCUAACUGCUCAAGUCACCACCUUCAGUCUGCACUGUGAUUUUGCACAGUAUAUCCCUUAGGUAUACAGAACAGUCAGAUAACUUGGUGCUCGUCUAUUAAAAAGUCACCAUUUACCAACAACUGUCAAACUGUGGUAGCAGAGGUCAGUUUUUCCCUCUAAUUAGGGCAGUAAAUAGCUGUAGUAACUCAAGCACCACUGUGUGGUGACUGAUGGUGAAUAUUGACUUUGAAUGGUGACCACUAUACUUCAGGGUAUUCUGCAGUCAGUGAGAGAAAGCUGAGUGUUUUCUAUCCCCAACUUCUCUCAUUGCUUAUAACCCUUAUUUAAACAGCACUGAAGUAAUUACAAAAUGGAGCUCUCGUCAUGUGGAUUAUUUUGAAGAAGAAAAAAUGCUAACAGCCAGAUUCGAUGCCCCACUGUGUCUUGUGUGAUGCUACAAAAGGGAUGGAAUCUGGUCUUAUCACCUCUGUUGGAGAUUCCUGUAGUGCACAGGAGUUCCCAGGAGGUGCUGAGUCAGUUUAGCUGUCCCUUGCACCACCCUUCUCUACAACCCUGGAGAGGGAGCAUGUUGGGGGCAGAAAAGAGGCAUGUCUGAUUUGCACUGUGUUCCAUCUAUCCUCAGCUUCCCAAAAGUACACUGACCUAUUCUGCAUCAGAGCUGGUGCCAGAUGGUAAAUUAGAGAGCUGUAUCCAUCUCCCCGAAAAGAAACUCAGUCUAACAGAUCUUCAGGCCUGAUAAUUCUCUGUAUCUCCUACCACAGCAGAAAGAUAUGUAUGUUUGGGGGUUUUUAAAUCUCUUAGUGGACAAUGUUUAGGUACUUUUAUAUUCAGAAAUGUGUAUGUUCCUUUAUUUUCAGAAGAAUUUAUUAACUGUUUAGUGCUGAUAAAAUUGAGACUUUAAUUAUAGGGGUUACAGCUAUGAAUGAUGUGUAGGUGCUUUGUAAGCCUCAUCAGAAAUCUUUGGCAGUGCCUCUGAGCUCUAAUCUGUUCUAUCACUGUUCUCCAUUUGCUAGCCUAUCACUAGCAAGGAUUGUAACUGAAUUUUUCCAGUUUGCAUUGUGGUUUUGUCCACUUGAGGACUAUGUUGAGAACAUCAUGUGUGGAAUCUUGACCCUAUUAAAGUCAAUGACAAAACUCUCAUGGAAUUUGCGGGGGCCAAAUUUUCACCCAUAUUAUUUUGGCUUGUGACCUAAACAGAAUGUAAGAAGAUAAUAUACUAAUUACUGUGUCAACUAGUCAUAUGUAGUAUUAUUUGUACAUCAUUAUUAAGUCUGGUUCUAAAGGCAAAUGUGGGAAAACCAUGGCUUUGUCACAGAAAAAUAUGGAAAAUUCAGAAUAUUGGGGGGGGAGGUACACAAUAUUUAAAUUGUUUAUAUUUCUUUUCCAUUAGAAAAGUUAAACAGCUGUCAUCAAUAGUCUGAAACCAUAUUAAGACAGGAAAACAGAAAAACCCAACAAAUAGUCAAAUUUAUUAAUAACAAUAAUUAAUGGAAGAAAGUCUUGCUCAGUAGCAGACUAAGAUGAAAAAGGACCAUGGGCCAGACCCUCAACUGGUGUAAAUCAGUACAACUCAGUAAAGUUCAAUAGUUAUGCUUAUUUACACCAUCUGGGGAUCUGGCCCCAUGAUGUUAUUACAAUACCCUAAAAGUGACAUUUUUGGUCAUGGAAAUCAUGGCUAUGCCAAACAUAUACAGCCUUAAUCACUGUGCUGUUUAAGUGAUUUUGUAUUUCUAUAUGCGACUACUUUGAUAUUGAAAGUAAACUGGUAAAAAGGCUAGAUAUUUCCGUAAUUUAAAUAGUUUCUUUUAGUAUAUUUUCCAAUUGCAACUUAGUUUAGAAAUGUUUUUAAUAUUAAUUGUUUUGGGUUCCUUUUAUGUUUUCUGAGUUUGUGUGUUGGUUCAGUUCCCACUUUAGAUUGUAUCUCACCCAAUUCUGUACCAAAUUAAACAUUCACUGUUGGUUAAUAUGAAAAUUGAAUAACUAAACACUGAACACUUUAGACCCACUGGUAGUGGUGGCCUGUGGACUGGGAGGUGCAGAGCAUUCACAACUGUACAACAGAGGCACAGUUUGUUGAAGAAUUAAACCAUGCAAUGUUCAUGUUGAUGGAGUAGGGAAUGGAGAGGGGUUUCUCUGUCUCUGUUGGAGUUCAUACCCCUCCAGACACCACUAAACCAUCCCCAGUAGGGAUAACCUUGAGCUACGGCUGGAUUUUGUUUGUUUGCUUUUGCUUUUGCAACACACUAGAUUGCACCAAGUGGCAUUUAUUUUCAUAAUAUUUUCCUUAGGGAAUGUGUCAAAAUCCCUUAGACAAAUUGUCACUGGCCUCGGAGCUCUCUAAUUUUACUGUUUCUUAUGACAGCUCUAAUUCUCAAAAUAAAAUAUGUAAUAUAUCCUAAAAUGUUGCACGAGGUGAAAUGCCUUUUUAAAUUUUAAUUAUAAUGUAAUAGAUUAAACUAAUAUGUUUAGUGAAGAAAAAAAGUAUUUUCUUUCUAGAAAAAAUGUGUAUUUCCAAGGGGUUAGUUUCUUAUGUUUAUGUCUAACAGAAACCAUGGACAACUUCAAGUAAUAGAUAUAAACAUACCUUGUUUUAUUUUACUGAAAAACAGAAUAGAAAGGAGAAGUGUCAAAGUAUAUGGCUUUUUUUUUUUUCUCUUGUUUUGCUCCCCUUUUGGUUGAAAGGGAUUAGGCAUGCAGGAGCCAGAGUUAGAAAGAGCCUAAUAUAGGUGCUCAACCUGAGAUUUCCAUGCAGGACUUGAAAGUUUUGCUGCUUUUCAAAAAUAGCUGUAAUCGUCUAUUUACUAACAAAGAAAAAUGUUAUCAGUGUACAAGUUAUUAAGUUUAAAUGUAUAUUUUUGUAAUAAUAAGCAGUUACAUUGCACCUUCUAUCCAAAGAUCUGAAACUUUAUGAGCAUUAAUAAAUGAAAUCUCCCAAUACUACA